AACCAAAACGAAAGCACUCGUUCGCUGGGACUGAGACUGGAAUCAGGACUCCCAGGAGGGGAGUGCCCAAGCUAGCCAGCGCGGGGACCCCGGAGGCUGGGGAGAGAUUCUGGCCCCUCCUUCCCAAAGGCACAGGGCUGAGUGGGAACAGAGGUGAGGUGUCUGCCCCCCUUUGGGGGGGCAGGACAGGGCCUCAGGCCUGGGUGCUGCCUGGCACCUGGAAGAUGCCUGUGCCCUGGUUCCUGCUGUCCUUGGCACUGGGCCGAAGCCCCGUGGUCCUCUCUCUGGAGAGAAUUGUGGGGCCUCAGGACACUGCUCGCUGCUCUCCGGGCCUCUCCUGCCACCUCUGGGACGGUGACUUGUUCUGCCUGCCUGGGAGCAUUGUGUCCGCUCCAGGACCCGUGCUGGUGCCCACACGCCUGCAGACAGAGCUGGUGCUGAGGUGCCACCAGGAGACUGACUGUGGCCUGUGUGUGCGUGUGGCUGUCCACUUGGCUGUGCGUGGUCACUGGGAAGAGCCUAAAGAUGAGGAAGGAAUUGGAAGAGCAGCUGACUCAGAGCGUGAGGAGCCUAGGAAUGCCUCUCUCCAGGCCCAAGUUCUACUCUCCUUCCAUAGCUACACUACUGCCCGCUGUGUCCUGCUGGAGGUGGAAGUGCCUGCUGCCCUCGUGCAGUCUGGUCAGUCUGUGGGCUCUGUAGUAUUUGACUGUUUCGAGGCUGCUCUGGGGACUGAGGUGCAAAUCUGGUCAUAUACGCAGCCCACGUACCAGAAAGAACUCAAUUUCACACAGCAGCUGCCUGACUGCAGGGGACAUGAAAUUCGGGACAUCAUCCAGAGCUGCUGGGCCUUGCCGUGGCUCAACGUGUCUGCAGAUGGUGACGACGUGCACCUGGUGCUGGACGUCUCUGAGGAGCAGCACGUCGGCCUCUCCCUGUACUGGGACCAGGUCAAGAGCCCUACAAAGCCCUGGUGGCACAGAAACUUGACUGGACCGCACACCAUUACAUUGAACCACACAGACCUGGUUCCCUGUCUCUGUAUUCAGGUGUGGCCUCUGGAGCCCGACUCGGUCAGGACGAGCAUCUGUCCCUUUAGGAAAGACCCCCGUGCACACCGCAACCUCUGGCGUGCUGCCCGGCUGCGGCUGCUGCCCCCGCGGGGCUGGCGGCUAGACGCGCCAUGCUCGCUGUCUGCAGAGGCCACACUGUGCUGGCAGGCACUCGGUGGGGGUCCCUGCCAGCCGCUGGUCCCGCCCCUGUCCCAAGAGAAUGUCACUGUGAACAAGGCCCUUGAGUUCCCAUUGCUGAAAGGCCACCCUAACCUCUGUGUCCAGGUGAGCAGCUGGGAGAAGCUGCAGCUGCAAGAGUGCUUGUGGUCUGACUCUCUGGGGCCCCUCAAGGAUGAUAUGCUGCUGGUGGAGACACGAGGCCCCCAGAACAACACAUCACUCUGUGCCUUGGAACCCAGUGGCUGCACCCCACUGCUCAGCAGGGCCUCCACAAGGGCAGCUCGCGUUGGAGAGCACUUACUACAAGACCUGCAGUCAGGCCAGUGUCUACAGCUGUGGGACGGUGACUUGGGAGCACUAUGGGCCUGCCCCAUGAAUAAGUAUACCCACCAACGCUGGGCCCUGGUGUGGCUGGCCUGCCUACUCUUAGCCGCUGUGCUUUUCCUGCUCCUCCUUCUCAAAAAGGACCAUGUGAAAGGGUGGCUGAGGCUCUUGAAGGAGGAUGUCCACGCGGGGGCAGCCGCCAAGAGCCGCGCGGCUCUGCUCCUCUACUCGGCCGACGACGAGGGCUUCGAGCGCCUGGUGGGCGCCCUGGCGUCGGCGCUGUGCCAGCUGCCUUUGCGCGUGGCCGUGGACCUCUGGAGCCGUCGUGAACUGAGCGCGCAUGGGCCCCUGGCCUGGUUUCACGCGCAGCGGCGCCAGACCCUACAGGAGGGCGGCGUGGUGGUCCUGCUCUUCUCGCCUGGGGCCGUGGCGCUGUGUCACGAGUGGCUACAGGACAGCGCGUCGGCGUCCGGGGUGCACAGCCCGCACGACGCCUUCGCCGCCUCACUCAGCUGCGUGUUGCCCGACUUCUUGCAGGGCCGGGCGCCCGGCCGCUACAUCGGGGCCUAUUUCGAUAGUCUGCUCCGUCCGGACGCCGUGCCCACCCUGUUCCGCGCUGUGCCUGUCUUCGCCCUGCCUUCCCAGCUGCCCGACUUCCUGCGAGCCCUGCAGGGACCCGGCGUCCCCCGCCCGGGGCGGCUCGCGGACAGGGCGGAGCAAGUGUCCCGAGCCCUUCAGCCCGCCCUGGACUGCUGCCUCCGACCCCCAGGGACCCCAGAGACAGGACGCGAGAUGGGACCUGAGGCAGGGGACAGGACUUGAAUAAAGGCAGACGCUAUUUUUCUA